UGCUGGAGACUUACACUGUGCUAAAAGACAGGGAGAAGAUGGCUUUUGCCGGGGUCUGUGUGACUGUGCUGAAAGUCCUCUGCCCUUUGGGUCCCAAUGCCUGGGCUGUCUAAAGACACUGCUCAGUCUUUUAACCUAAGCAAUAGGUGUUGGAAAGGUAACUUUGAGAGAGGACAGAGCAUGGGGGUGAAACAUAUGCGCGUGCCCGGCUAGCCCUGCCCGUCCCCCCUUAGCUCCCCAAGCCUCCGCUGCUGCCCCAGCCCGCAGCCCACUGCUCGCCGACGGAGGGUGAAGCCCGGUGUGGUUCACCCCGGGGCAGAUGAGCCACUUGCCGUGCCUGCCACCCAGCCUGGCCCCCGGGGAGAUGCAGUCCCCCAGAGUGGGGAGGAAGCGAGGGCGACCCCCACUCCAGCCGGCGCCCAUCAAAAUGACUGUUCACAACCUCUACUCAGCACCAGCUGGCGCUUUGCCGGUCGUGAAGAUCCCAAAGAAGAGAGGGAGAAAACCCGGGUACAAGCUGAAAUCUCGUGUCCUGAUGACUCCCUUAGCAAUCUCUCCGCCGAGAAGCACACCGGAGCCAGAUAUUAGUUCCAUCCCCCAGGAUGCAGCUACGAUACCCAGCUCGGCCACGCCACAGGCUCUCACAGUCUGCAUUUAUGUCAACAAACAAGCGAAGGUGGGGCCAUACCUUGACAGAAAAAAAGUGCAGCAGCUCCCGGAGCACUUCGGUCCCGAGAGGCCGGCCGCAGCGCUGCAGCAGGCUGUGCAGGCAUGCAUCGACUGCGCGCUCCAGCAAAAGGCAGUCUUCUCACUCAUCAAGCAGGGCUAUGGAGGCGAGAUGGUGUCAGUUUCAGCUUCGUUUGAGGGGAAGCAGCAUCUCCUGAGCCUGCUGGUAGUGAACAGCAUCGGGUAUGUCCUGCGUUUCCUGAAGAAGCUCUGUCGCAGCCUCUUAUGUGACAAUCUCUUCAGCAACCAGCCUUUCCAGCAGUACGAUGCCGUGUCAGAAAGCCCAGAGGUGUAUGAAAACAGACGGAUGGAGGCAGAAACGGCCAUACCUGAGGACUACUUGGUUGGCCCCGCGAACAUGAAACGGUACAGCGUGGAUCCUGCCGAUUCUGCCUUCAGUUGCAUGGGCUCCAUGUACACCAUGCGGCAGACUCCUGCAGAUGGACGUCCUGCUGGAGGCUCCUCUUCCUCCUGUAGCCAUCGUCCUGCUCAGAUGUCUUCAGGGGGGUCCUCAUCUACCAGCCUGCGGCAUCAGACCUCCAGUCCAACGAGGAAUGGGACCUAUCUUGAAGGAAACAGAAGUGCCUCAAGUCCUUCACCAGAACGACAAGACACGGCUCGGCCAUCAAGCAAGAAUCCUUUGACCUGGACAGUGGAUGAUGUGGUUUGGUUUGUCAAGGAUGCUGACCCUCAAGCUUUAGGUCCCCACGUGGAGCUCUUCAGAAAACACGAGAUUGAUGGCAAUGCUUUGCUGCUGCUGAAAAGUGACAUGAUCAUGAAAUACCUGGGGCUGAAACUGGGACCUGCGCUGAAACUGUGUUACCACAUUGAUAAGCUCAAGCAAGCCAAGUUCUAACAAUUUCAUGAACACCAACAGAAUCUGACCUAAAUCCAGAUGGAAAACGAAAGGUAACAUGUUGCCUUACAGAAAUGCAUUCAUUUGCAGGUUGCUUUUCCUUCUUUUUUAACAAAGACUUUGUCUUUUUUGCCAUUUGUGCAUUGUCACCUUUUUUUAAUCCAAUGGGGUCUUUUGGGCUGCUUUGUGUUAAUAAUUUGCCAAAAAGUAUAUAAUUACAAUAAUUAUUUUGUAUCAUUAAUAUUAUUAUGAUUAUAGUAAGUCCUAUUUUUGUAAUCAGAAGUGGGAAAUCAAAAACAAACACAGCUACAGCAUAUGCUGAGGACUGCUGGAAGACUAACCAAGAGUCCCUCACUUGCCACGGGUCUGCCUUGGGGGAGUAACCACUGACCCACAUCAGCUGGGCUCCAGCUCCACCACCUGCGCUCAAGGGCUGGAAAAGCGUGGCAUUUGGUCACCUGUUGUCUGAUGGGAACUGCCCCACGUCUUGCACUAUCUGGAAAACUUGAAUUCUUCACUUAAAAAGAAAAAAAAAAGGGGGGGGGGGGGAAGAAAAAAGAAAGUUUUAAAAAGAAAAAUAAAAUAGGGUAAAAAAGGUCUUUUUGCAGCUAAAGUACUUUUUCCCACUAGAGGGAGCAGCCCUAAUAGACUUGAGGCUGGAGCUCUGAUGCUAUGGUGCUUUUUGUCUGAUGAGCUUUGACCAUCACAACUCUCCUAUCAAGCACAGCCGUAAAUGCCGAAAAGGAAACACAGGCUCCCAGCAGGAUAAGGCCGUCACCGUUUACAGAUAAUUAAUUCAAGAAAAGCCCAAAUGCGGAGAGUGUUACUGACAGGAUGCUUCCCGUUACGCUGAAGAGGGGGUGGAUGGCUCCUACGGUGUCUGGCAUGUUUAGCUGUCAGCUCCCUUCCCUGAGCCAUUUCUCUCUGGUAUACAGUUUGUGGGACUCUAAGAAAAAGCAGAAUUUUGGGGUUUGAUUUUUUUUUGCAUUUUUAAAAAAUGAGUGAGCUGGAUGGGAGCAUUCCCCACGAGGAGCUGGCAAUGCAGGGCACGUCUCUGCACUCUGCAACAACAGUCAGGUCCAGGGCUGACGCUGUAGGGUCGGUUCCUGAUGGCGCUGAGGCUUUUGGCACACAUGCAGAUGUGGCAGGCUUUCCAUCUCAAGUGGAUUAAAAAUAAUGCUCUUUUGCCUCUUACUCAAACCAAAAGGUGCUCAUUGGUAUUCCACAUAGCCAGUGGGGAGAGGACAGGUCUCAGGCUGAGGAAGUAAUCCGUGGCAUGCGUAUGCCCUCGUUUUCAUCCUUCACAAAGGAGGACUACUAAGGGACACUUCCAUAGAGUUUAAACCCUUAGUGCAUGACAAGGAGAGGUAGCAAGUGUUUGCGUGUCAUGCAGAUUAUUUUAGAGCUAGCCUCAACUGAAUCAAGAAACAGGGUCCUGAUAAUAUGUGAGACAUCAUACUGUCUGACCCUGUUUACACAGAACAGAAUAUUACCAAAAAUACCUCAUGGAAUAAAAUUCAACUUGAUGCACAUUGCUAGACUGGAACUCCUACAAAAAAGAUACCUGUUCGAGGCCUAAUGCUGGAAAUCCUUAACUAUAUGAAAAACCAUACCCUGCAAGACUUUCACUAAACUCUUGGGGACUACUCCCCAAAUUAAGAAAGUUGUCUGCAUACGUUUGCAGGAUUGGAUCUUUACAGGACAGACCAGCUUUCAGCAAAUCCUGUCUGCACGCUGAAACACCUUUAAUAGGAAUAGCUGAACAAGCGUAUUAAAUGAAAAGUCAUAUACUAUUGAGUGAUGUAAUCUACUGAACCCUAAAUAUGAUGUUGCUUGGAAUGUAACACCCACCCACAUCACUUUGUGUUUGUGGUGUCAAGAAUGGAAACCUGUUCAGCUGGCUGUCUGGUUGAGGCAGAGGUGACUUCACAUCAACAUCAAACCUGUAUAGUUCAUUUUUCACUCUUACAUUUUUUUUUCCCCCAACAAAGAUCCCCACAAUACAUGAAAAUUUUGCUGUAUUAGUAAUACCACCUUCAGAGAGUAUUCAGUCUUUCUCUCUCCCCCGCCCCCCCUAAUUUUGAACAUAGUUAACCUCUCUUUUUUCAAAAGUUGGUUUUAAUUCCUCCACUUAAAACCCCAGUUUGCUAUAGUAUAUCAGUAGCCAGAACUUGUUAGACUUUAUCAGAUGGUUUCAAUGCUGGAAAAUCCCACUUUGUCAAAAUCAAAACUCUUUAUAACAGCAUGUCACUUUCUAAUGUAAAAUUCUAUUUAACUGCAACUACAGCUUUCAGUAACGUCAAAACAUCGUUUUGACAUUUUGGAAAUGGAACAUUUUUGUUCCAAGAAGAUUUUUGCAUUUUAUUGUAUUUUCCUGUAGAAUCUGUAGCCUCACAUUUUGCUCUGAGAAUGGGGAAAAAAACCCCCCAGAACUAUAGACUUUCCUGAGCAAGAAACCUUCCCAUUCAGCUCCACAACUCACUCCUUCACCCCACCUUCCCUGCUCCGGACAUUAGAGCCGAGACGGCUGAUAAUACCGACACAGUAUGUAUAGACUCCAUAUUGGCAGUGAUGUUCAUACAUUUAAUAUGCUGAAAUAGUUUUCAUGUAUGUAGCUGACGUAUACAGUCAGUGGUGCUAUCUCAUCUGUAGGUACACCAGGUCUGUCCAGGCCAUGAUAUUUAAUAUUCUCUUUUUUACAGGGGAGGCAGUUAAUAGAUUCAUUUUACAUGUAAGGAAUGCAUAUAACAAAAAUUCCUCACUGCAUGUAUUAUUUUUUUUCACUGAAAGGCAAUUAGGAGGCAAACAUUGCUGCAGUAAUAUUGCAAUUAUAACUAAUUUUUCUCUUCGAAGUCUCGUCAGUGAGGGUAGUUAAGCAGCUCUGCUGUGCUGAGAGUGUCAGGCCAUUUCCUCAGAACAAGCUCUAAAGAGCCAGAACAUGCACGUCGGCUGCUUCUCCGUUAGCUGCUGCUUUAGACAUUGCUUGUACAAAUCACUUCACUUGCUAUGCUGUUCGUAGCUCUCACUUCAGACUGCAGCCAACCCAGCUGUAUGUUUGAACUGUUCCCAACAGGUGGGUGGAUGUGCGUACCCUUAAAAGCAAUACGUGUGCCUCUUUCCUACUUCUAAGCACUCAUAGCAAAUCAAAAGCACUUUGGUUGCUUCAGGCAGUUUCAAUGUUUUGUGAGGAUUCACCAUAAAAAAAAAAAGAAAGCAGGCAAAGUCCAAGGAUUUGGGGACAGCUCUUCCCUUGCUCAAAUGCUGUUUGCAGGGUAUUAGGAGCACAGAGCUGGUGGUCCCAGGCAGACCAUCUUCUUGCACCUAGCGUGGCUGACCAGCCCAGCCUCUGCUGCCAACACAGGCCAGCCACGCUGCCUUCCCACCACCUGCUGUCACAGCCUCUCUUCUCACACCAACAAAUGCCUCCUUCCCCAGCCAGACCUAACUGAGUUUCAAGAAAUGCCUCCGGGAAUUCCUCCACCUCUCUGAGCCCACUGUCUUGCUUGGCAAGCUGAGGAGCGUGGUGGCCUUUGCAGCGCUAGCAGCUUCACUCAACGUGAUUAAUGCAGGCAGGCACUCUUGGGACUGGCAUGUGAAGCAUCACUCUGGGCUGUUAUUGCCCUUAAACUGAUCGCUGAAUUUCUGUAGGUUGUCAGCAGCCUUCAUGAGUUACACUUCUUUGCUUCUUAAAGCAAGGACAGCUGUGAGAGUUUUAGAAUGUUAUUGGCAAAACCAGCAAUAAUCAGCAAAACAAUAAGAAAACAGCUAAUGAAGUUUUGGUGUGAAAACAUGCCUCUGUUGGGUUAGUGGUGGGAGCACAAACUGCCCAGUGCUCUACAGGCAAGGCAGGAUGAAAGGAGAACAUGGGAGCAGGUGUACGGUUUUGGAGAGGGAGCAGCUCCAAAGCCUGGCCCCAACUCUGGCAGCCAGGGAUGGACCUUCCUCUCACCCUGGCACAGCCACCCCAUGGCCCCUUCCUGCCCACCGGGUGCAGUGCCCUCCCUUCCUGGCUGCGCUGUUUGGAGGCUGAGCAAGCUCAGGGAGGAAUUUGUCUGCUCUCACCUCCCCAAAACAUAGCCCAGAAUCUUCAGUUAAGUCAUUCAUGCCUUCUUUUUUUUCCCCUCUUCCUACCUCUCUCCCUCUUUUCCUUUGAAUGGCUUCUAUUUAGAAAAAGACAUCAGGAGGGGGAUCCCCCAGGCCCCUCCAGGAACCUGUGGGUGACCCCCAAAGCUUACCCUGUGGAGGAGCAUCUUUGGGGGCAGACAUCUGCCAGGAUGCAACUGGUCCCGCCUUGGCAUAGGGAAGGGAGGCGAAAAUUACAUGCUCCCUUUUUAUUAAUAAAAUCAAAUGCUUUUCUGGCACUCGCCCUCUCUGAACUGCAGCCUCCCUCCGCAGGGCCGGUCACUUGGCUCUCCCCCAUGUGGCAAGGAGGGAGGCAGAGGAGAUGCCCAAACUGGCCGCUGGCUGCUGGCUGGCCCAGCAGGGUGGCAGGUACGACAGGACCAAAACCAGCCCCUACCCUGGUUUGAAACUGGUUUGGCUGCAGAGAGGUGUUGUGCCCAGGGUUUUGGUCCAGGGGAUUUUGCUGUCAGUUGUUCAUGGAUCACAUCCCAGCAUUGCAGUCUGUGCGUUCAGCCUGUUGCUGUGCAGAUUUUGUCUCCAAAUCCACCCUCUUGAGCUUGUGUUAGGGGAUUGCUCUGCUAGUGCAGGCUGCUUCCAUAUCAACAGGCUUGGGGUUGCUAGGGAAAUAAGUCAUAAUAAGCACUUUGGGGGCAAAAAUUCAGGGAAAUAGAAGGUCAGCAAGAGCCUCCCUCCCUUUCCAAGCACUCCUCUGUGCAGAACCUUACUGCAACAGCUCCAGAAUGGGGCCCACACACCAUCGCUCCCCAUUGCUGGUGACUGGGUCAUAUGAAGCUGUACAGAUUUUCCCUCUCUCACCAAGAAAUAUGGUCCCAAAUUCACACACCUUCACCAGAGAAAGCAGGCAAGUUGCUGCACACAUUGCCUCUGAUGCCUUGCAAUCGUUGCAUGCUGCUUUCUAAUCUAUGCUCUCUUCAUGGACAAUUGGAAACCGAUUCCCUUGGAAAUCUAAAAUUUUGCUUGAAGAGAAUCGCUUUUAUUCACUGCCAUGAGUUAAGUAUUAUGGAAACAUGUCUGCUAACAAUUUGCUUUGUGUAAUUUGUACUAAUGCUAAUAAGCAACAGCUGCAACACUUCCUGUUGUAAAUUCUUUUGUGGUUGCAGUGGUAUUAUCACAUCUGUACUUCACAAAUCUGAUAGACUCUAGCACUCUAGCACAACUCACUCAUUCUGGCCCCGGCUCCAGCAAAUCCCCAUGCCUCAGAAGUAUGGCUACGCAAACAUGAAUUUACAGUCUCUGUCUCCCUUCGCUCCCAGAGCCUCUGCUCCCCACCAGGUGCCUGGAGCUAGAGGGGUGGGUGGCGAUGUGGUAGCCUGGAGGUCAGCUGGGGCAUGCACGGUGUGCUUGGAGGGGAUUGCUUUCAGCAGAGACAUCACUGACCAGUCAGGUUUAUUGCAGUUCAAGCAAGCGGCUUUUGGUCAGGGGCUAAGUGCAGGAGAAAAGUGAUUUAUUAAAGAAAAAGAAAGAAAUAUGAGCAUGCAACACACUGCCACCAUAAGACCUAAGCUGAAACCCAAGAAUCUUUCAGCUGUAAUGUAAAGAAAAAUGUUUCCCUCACUCAAGACGCUAAAUAAAGCAUAUUAGGCCAAACCCAUGUCCCACUGAGGUCCGCCUAGGUUUUUCUAUUUGAUUCAUAAGACUGGGGCUUGGCUCAUAAACCAGGUCAAGCUUCAGCCACGUCCCAUAGUAACUACAGCCUAACAAGUUAUUUCAUCCUCCCUUGCAAAGAAUGGAGACAGCCGCUGCUGGCCAGCCCCCUCUCCCCUGCUCCCAGGAGAGCUGCUAGCUUCCUGGUAGAGAGCUCUUCCAGCUGUGUCUCUACCUGAUCCCAACACCUUCUCCGUUAGCUUUGUGUUUUAGUUACGAGUUUCAUGGAGGGUGGGUUAAGUAGGUUUUCCACUUUGCAGCAAACCAAAGCCUGUGCGCUGAGGAUUUCAGCCAUGCCACUAGGCAGAAACUUGCCUUGAUUUGAACAUGACUUCAGUGGGAGAUUUCCACAUGUUCCUGAGGUGAAGCCCUAGGUGGAAUUUAAAAAUAAACUUUUCAAAAUCCAUCCCAGUGACCCACAGUUUUUGGCUCCUUCAGCAUCCACGGCACUUCAUCAUACUUCAAACGGUUGAGUCUCUUGGUAGUGCCAUAAUCGGACAGGAAUAGCUCACAGGACUUCAGAAGAGACUCCAUCUUUGACUACAGUCUUGUUCCUCUUGGUCUAGAGGCAGCUGCCAAAAAGCAGCAUUUGAGGCUGGACGGGAGAGUGUGAGUGAGCAUGUGUUGCUCAGAGACGCUUGCCUGGCUGCACAGAGGGGCUGUGAAGCCAGUUAAGAGCAGGGCAGGGCAGCUAGGAAGGACAGGUUUCAACAACGGGCAAAUCCCAGGCUUUGCUGGGGUUCCCCUGGAGUCUGUGUCCUGUCUCCAGGUUUGUAUUGAACUUUCCUUGCAUAGAGCAGUAUGUCUUUGUUACCCAGAGUUUUCCCUUGGUGUUAUAUAAAUCUGGGAUCAUGCUGCCCUUCUCUUUUUGAACAGGAAAUACAGGCAACAGAUUUCAUAUUGUCUGAGAUCUCUAAAAGAGUAAGGAAUGAGAAAAACCUGAAGUCCAAGUGGUACAGAAAGGAGGACAUUUCAGAGUGGGGCAGUUUCACAGCUUUUGGUGUCUUUCAGAUGAAAGAGGAGAAGGGGAGAAAAAAGACUUCUGAAUUACAGUGAAUCCAAGCCAGUGAAAGACUAGUGAUUAAUUUCACCCCUCAUUUUGAUGGUUUCUUGAUCUGUAAUAUGGUUUAUGGCCCUGAGUAUUUGCUGCAGUGGCAGUAUUGUGAAUUGAUCCAUGUGUCCAGGUUCCACUGGAACAAAAUUACUGUCUCUAAAUCCUAUCUGUCUUCUUCAUGGCUUUUCUAAUGUGCUCUAGCAUCCAGAAGGUUUCUGAUCCGUUCAGUAACAGUCAGUCUUUAAAUAAAAACUUCUUUUUCUUUUUCUUGUGGCACAAAGACUUCAGAAAGAAGCUAUAGCUAUAGCUGUGUAGCAGGUCAACAUUCACCAGCUUUUCAUUUUAUGCCUAUCAGAAACCUAGUAGAAAAAUAGUUUCUUGCUGACCCAGUCUAUAUGCUUACAAGAAGCCAAUCUACCUUCCUGUCCCUGCUGUAAAUUUAGUAGUUAUUCCACAUUUUUACCAAUGCAAAUGAGAUCAGUAUCUGAUUUACUCUCUGAGAAUACUAACAGUUCAAACACAAGCAUGUUCAGCUGCUGUUAUCAAAAGUCACUAUCAGUGUUUGUGUCACAAGGGCACGUAAAGAUUGUGUCUGGCACUGUGCAGGCAUACUAUGAGACAUUCGAGCUGCCCUAGAGAGUUGACAACUUCAUGAGGCACAAGAGACAAUCUAAGAAGAAGGGUUUUCUAGAGGCAGUUUUCCUUCCUUGUUGCAGAUAAAUGCUGAGAACAGACAGAAGUCAAUGGCACGGAUUUCCCACAGCCAUGUGUGCAGAAAAUAGCAAAACACUGAUAAAAAUGAAGCAAAACUUCCAUGAAGGUGAACUGUAUUGCCUCCUUCCCAAACUUCCAGGAAUUUCAACUCAGACCUCCUGGUCUGAACCUAGUGCCUUACCCACAAGAUCACCUGCUCUUACCAUAUUCCAGCCUUUCUCCCUGUGCUGUCCAUGUCUGAUGCCUUGCACAGACCUUGCCUAUAUCUUCCUUAUGCACCUAAAAAAUAGCACUCAAAAUGGCCUUUAAAGGUCAGUUAGUCCUUCACCCUGCCCUCAUUCUUCUCCAUCUAGUCUUCCUCUGCUGUCUAGUCUUUUCCCCCUGGAACUUUCCACCCCUUUCCAUUCCUAUCCUGCCGCUGUAGCUACUUCCAUUUUUUUCUCCUCUGCUUUUUUCUUGCAGCAUCUCUUCUUUUCCUUCCUUUCCGUCUUUCAGCAACUGUGUAUGUGUCCUCUUCAGGCCUGCUGCAACACCUUCUCUGCUUUUUGGCUCUUCUCUGCUCUUCCUUCUCUCUCUGUUUCCCCUUUCUCUUUCUCUGUGGUUUUCCGCAACCCCUUCUUUCCUUUCAAUCAAGUGCCCUUCACAGGAGAGUCUAGUACCAUUUCUGCUGCAACAAGGACUACCACGCGCUGACAUCUUUGAAUUAGCUUGUCUGUAUUUUUUUUUUUUUGACAUGCUCUUUAUCUUGCACAAAAAAAUUUCCACUGCUUUCAUUCAUCAGCAUGAAAGGUUCCUUUUAAGGAUGGUUUUUAACUCAUAGGCUGAUGACUAUUUGCAAUAAAUACCUCAUGAAAGGUUCAGCACUUUUAUGCAGGGCGAGUGCAGUUUUCCCCUCUACCAUCUUUUUCUGUGCUGCCUCUUGAUAUUCAAGCUGUUUAAAUGCUUAUUGGUUUGAAGAGUCCCAGUUACACUGCUCGCUGGGAUGAAUCCUUGGCUCUCGCUCUGUUGCUGAUGGCCACGUGGACCAGGCUUGGCCCUGCGAAUGGCACACCAUUAGGCAGGUGCGAGCAUCAAUGUAUGCUGAGCACAGAGCCACCAGCAUGUCUCUCCCAGACCUGGAGAAGGUCCAGCUUGCUUUCAGCCAGCAUCAGAAAGUUGGUUGGAAAGAAGAGGUGCCCAUUACCAGGGAUAAGGACAACAGGACGUAGGAAAAAGCCAUCCGGCUGGAAGAAGAAGACAACUGGUGUUGGCCAGCUGGGAGGUGGUGGUGGGAUAGACAAACUUGGCAGUGAGGAAAGGCCAUGCUCGUAAGCCUACAUUAAGCAUUGUGAGAAAACCUGUGUGGCAACAGGCAUUGCAAUAUUUACAGCAUCAUCCUUCAUACUGAAAUACGUGCAAUAACGCAGGGCAGAUUCACACAUGGAUGCACAAGUGUGAGUUUAGAGUAAUGACUGUAGCUUCUGCAGGGCUACUGCAUACUUCGACCAGUGGGAAUGAGAUCAGAUUUUGGCUCUGGGUCUCUGUUUCCAAACAGCAUGAAGGAUGAGAGCAGAACAGUUUCUAUCCAGCUGGAAAGUGGUAGCCUUAAAUCAGGCCACAAAAAAGUGCAGGUCCUGCUCACACUUUUAUUUUUUUUAAAUGUUGCUCUGAGCUCUCUUCCAGCUACUCAACAUUAGCUUCCAAGGCUAGUGAAGCAUAUACAGGGGCUUUUGAUGUAUGUGCAGCUAUCAGGUUUUGUAUUGCUAACUGAGCUCGAAGUGUGUUAGAUUUGAUUUUUAAUGUCCCGUAAUUUGCUAGAUAAGCCUCAGUUUCUGCAGUGGCCGUAUAAGCAGGGCUGUUUUCAUCACAUCUUGCAGGUAUUUUGCAAUCUUGAACUUUCUUACAUAUCUACUACAUAUUAAUAUCAUCCUCCUUGAAAGGUGAAUGACAUGUCUUUUGCAGUACUGUACAACCUUAGAAAUGGACAUUUUGUGAGAGACACCAGAUUGCAAGUGACUAUAUAGUUAUUUUAAUUUUUUCAAGCAUAUACAAAAUCUGCCAGAGAUAAAAUACCCCGAAUAUACAAACAAUUUGGUUACAACCAAGAGUUCAAACUCACACUGCCUUGCAUUCCCGAAUUUAUUACAGACUAUACCACUUAAUACUGAUAUACACAACAUCUCCACAUCUCACAUCAUUAGAAAAAUGCAUUUGUGACUGCUCUCAUCCAAAUCCCACAGGAGCUAACAGCAGCCUGUCCAGCAUGUGGCACAGGUUCCUCCUCUGUGACUGGUCUCAAAACAGAGAAAUCAGCUCACGUACACUAGCUCACCAGGCUUCCUUCACUUGCCAGCAUCUACAUUAAAAAUAGAAUGUAAAUAAUGAGAUUUCCUUUUUAAUAAAAAUGUGCUGUCAUGGUGAGAAUAUAGGCUUGAACGAUGCUGACUUCAGUCCUAGGUCUUGUGACUUGAUGUGAGGUGUAUAUAAGGCUGAUGUAUUUUGAAAGUCCUUGGCUUAGACUGUCCCACUUGUUUUCAUCAUUCUGCUAGGUUUUACUCCAGCUGGUGCUGCCAUGCUGGAGUCACCAUGCUCCUGCUCUUUUCUUGAUGGCAUAAGGCAGCUGGGUUUUUUUCACUAGCGGUAUAACAUUGUUAGCAGCAGCCCCAUGGGCUGCAACAAGAGUGACGCUGCCUGGGUGCCCCCUUGGAAAGAAAAAAACUGUUUCAACUUCCCCCAGUGCACCCACCACUGCCUUCUGACAGUGCCUCCUGCCCCAUCCCCAGCACACAGCACCAUCCAGCUUUCCAGGGUGUUUUGAUCAUGUCCUGCUGUGUAAACCUUCCUAGGCUACUUCUUUGCUGAUGCUGAUAUAGACCAUCCCCACCAGCAUCAGUGAGGCAAUGAUGUCACACUCGCUGGUGAGAGAACAGUCUGGAUUCCUGCCUUCAUCUUUUACACGUUUUUGCCUUAGCACUGUUUAGUUUUCCUUUAUUUCAAUGAGAGAGGAACAAAAAAGCAUCUUACCCUAUGACCACCUCAAGGUUCCAAUGCAGCAAUGCAGUUCUGUGCCAUUCGAUGCCAAGCCUGCACCUUUGUAUCAUUGCCACCAGUCUUGAGCUCUGUUUCAAUCUGACCGCUCAGCAUGUUUUUCUGAAUCUAGGUAAUUUCUAAUUCUGUGUAGCCUGAGUAAUUCUUUUACUUAAUGUUCAUCCUGCUGUCCGUUCGUUUUACUUAGCAUUGUUUUUUAGGAUUAUUUUAUUUUUCUAUUAUUGUCAGGAGAUGAUAAACAAAUUGGGUUGCUUUGAUGCCUACAUAGGCUUAGAUGCUUAUGACUUUUCUUAAUGCAAGCUUUCUCCAUUUUUGACCAAGCAUUCUUACUAAAGAUGACAUACAGGAUAUAUUAUUAAUUGUGCCAGGAUUACCAUAAGAUGCUAACAAUAGUCAAGGAAAAGACAUCUGCCCCUUAGUUCCACUUACUGGAAAAGUAAAGCAAUCCCUUUAAUACUUUGAUGCUUCUCAGCUAUCAAAACCUUCCCUAAUAAAUCAUCUCCAACAGUGAGCAUUGCAUUAUAUUAAAUAGUUUUGUAUUUGCUUUACAAAUAUGCAAACAAGGGAGAGCGGAGGUAAAAUGAAUGUGGAACUUAGGGAUAAGAAUAACAUGCGAAUAAAAGCCUGGAGUCCCAGAAGCAGCACGAUUACAACAAACAGCAUAUUAUUAUUGCUCUCACCCUGCCUCAAAGGGUUUUAUUGAAGUGAUUUGACUUCAGCUGUGGAGGUGUGUGCCUUUCUAUGUGUAUGUACACACAGGUCUGAUGUAUGUACACAGAUAUGCACCUGCCCACCAUAUGUACACCUCAUACAUAUUCAUGCAUCCAAGUGAAAUAAUAACUGUCAGUUUAGCAUGUUCUGUAUGGGUGGGUCCAAGAUAUUAAUUUUUAAUAUGUACAGUGUUUCAAUACAUAUGCAACUGUUAAACAAAUAUAGUGUCAAACUGUGAUUUUUAUUUCUUCCAACAUUGUUUUUUAUUACUUGUAACUUACUCCUUCCAGUGGAUUCUCUGUCACUAUUUAGAGGCAUGUUUUAAUGUAUAGCUGUAUAUUGACUGUUCUGUGUGCUGUAUGCUACUGUUUGCGUCUCAAUUAAGCUAUUACUGGUCUAGAUGUUCUUAAUUUUGUACAACUGAUUUUUGCUUGGGUUUCACAAUUUGAGGCAGUAUGUUUAAAAAUGUAGUAUGGAGGGGGAUCAGCUGUGGUAAAGUAAAAAGGUCCCAAACCUUCAGGUUUAUGUUUCAUAGAAAAAGACAGUACUUUCUUUUACUAUUGCAAAAUUAUUUCUGUAUUUUUAAUAAAGAAUUGGAUUUA